CCGAAAAAGUCAGGUGUUUGCGCGUUCCGUGGUUCCCGGGUGCAAUUAGCAGAAAGGAUGAAGGUACUGUUCGUUGUUGCGCUGAUCGCCGCCGUCGCCUGGGCCGCCGACGACAAGAAGGACGACAAGGAGGGCGACAGGCCGAAGACUUUCAAGAGGCUGAUACCCGCCGACGUGCUCAGAGACUUCCCCGGCAUGUGUUUCGCCUCAACACGCUGUGCCACCGUCGAACCGGGCAAGACCUGGGAACUGACCCCGUUCUGCGGCCGCUCCACCUGCGUCGUCUCCGAGGACAAGCCACCACGUCUUCUUGAGCUGGUCGAAGACUGCGGACCACUUCCAUUGGCCAACGACAAGUGCAAACUUGACGAAGAAAAGACCAACAAGACUGCCCCAUUCCCCGGCUGCUGCCCCGUCUUCAAGUGCGAGGAGGGUGCCAAGCUGGAGUACCCGGAAAUCCCGACCGUGGCACCGGUACCCGAGGAGCCGGCCACCACGCCAAAAGCCUAAAUUAAUUGAUAAUUAACGCACACUAAGAAAAAAAACGAAUAUUGUAUUAUUUAUUAAUGUUCAGAACCACACGAAAUUAGAUUUGUUAAUUUUAUACAUACAACAGUAAAUUAGUAAGAAUAUAUUUUUUUAUCCUGUAAACGAAUCAAUCUUCCCCCUCUGUUCUGUACUUGUGUUCUAUUUUCGUUUUUUUUUUUUAAUUUUAUUGUUUUUAGUCAUACUAAUUUUAGGCACAUUAAUUUUAGACGUUCGAUUGUGAUACGAUUUAUUAUUUUUUUGUAAAUUAUUAUUUUCCGUUUUUGAUUAGGUUUUGUCAUUCCUUUUAUUUUCAAAUGCUGUACAUCAUUUCCGGAAAUAAAUGUAAUUUAUUAAAAUAA